ACAAAUGUCCCACAAAUUGUACAACAUGUCGUAUGAGGUCAGUGAGUCAUGCCCGGAGUUAUUUAAAAUACAGGCGUUUAUAGGGGUUUUUCCUGCGACUUGGAAAAUAAAACACAGUAACCUAACAUGAUGGAAACUUGUCUUGUUGUCCAAGCUUGGUGAAAAUCUUGUGAGAAUGAAGCAUAGAAAUAGAUAACUACGAGUUUGGUUGUUGAAUGGAAACGGCACGAAUCCAGCUUUAAAUACGAAAAAUUGGAAAUGAUAAGAUAAAGCGGUGCUCUCUACGGGCUUCAAAAGCCAGAGUUUGUAGGCUGUUACAAAGCUAAUGGCGACCGACCAAUGCCGCAAUUUCUCGCAAGCUACCGCACAAAAGAGUACCUUAAAGAGUGGAACCAAGAUGAGUUUGACGCCGUCGUGCGGAACUGCGCCGCGGAGACAGAGAAACAUGGAUUCCUUUACUUUGGAGUUCAGUUUUGGGGAGAAUGCUGGAGCGGACCGCGGGCGCAUCUCACCUACGAUGAUUACGGCAAAACUGAGAAAGACUCCGAGUGUAAAAAGUAUCACGUGGGUGGGGACUUCGAGAUCGCCGUCUACAGACUUCUUGGCGCAGAGGAUGAAUGCUCUAAUAGCACCUACAAGGUGCUCGAUACCGCUGACCGCUUAGAGACGCACAAGACUGAAAGUCCCAAGUGUGACACGCAGAUGGGAGGCUGGUACCGGUUUCAAAGCGAGGCUGGUGACGUCAUAGCCACAUCGUGCCCUCCCAUGAGUCAUUGUGGAACGUACAUUACGGGGUGGAUGAAAGGUGGCUUGCCCUAUGACGUCAUAGACAAAUCAGUCGAAAGAGAGGCCUGCUUCCAUAAAUCAGAUGAGAAUUGUUGUUUAGAAAAGAGGACAAUCAAAGCCAGGAAUUGUGGGAAGUUUUUCGUGUUUAAACUAGAAAACGCUCCAUUAUGUGGACGCUACUGUGGACACUACAUUGAACAAGUGGAUAUUGGAAGAUAACCAUCUCUACGCAUGUGAUCUCCUCACUCUCAAUUUGUUCAACUCAGCAAGAUAAAUUUGCACAUCUCUAGAGACAGAGUUAGUUUAUAGUAAGACCUCAUAAUGUACCUCUUAAUUUUUCUCUGAGUAAAUAACAUUUUACCACCAUUUUUUUGUUCUAUCACUCACAGAUAACAGUUCUUUUUUUUUAUUGUUCUGAGCAACAUUUGACGAGCUUUUUUCAAAGCUCGAUUUAUUUUUUGCAUUUUGACGUUUGUUCUACCACUCACAGAUAAAAGUUUUUCUUCUGAUCUCAAUUUUUGAGAGUGGCGCAGUGGUUUUUGGGAGCUGUAGCAUAAAACGUCGUGUGUUCAUACUUUGAUCUUUGAGCUUAGGAAGUGUUUGUUUUGGUUGGUAUAUAUUAGUUGGUACAUAUUAACUUCUAAGCAUUUUACUAGUUUGUAGUAGUGAAGUUGUUGAGGGACAUGAGUUAGGAAACUGAUUAAAACGAUUAUAACGUAAAAAUCCUCGAGAAAUAAAGUUUACUGCAUUGCA